GCCAGCCCCGGGUGUGGGCUUGCCAUGGCCUCCCAAGCUUCUCUGCAUCCAAGGGCGCCCCCCGCCCGUCUGUGGAUCCAAAGGCCUGGCAUCUACGAGGACGAGUCGGGGAGGAACUGGGUGACCGUAGUAGUGCGGUUCAGUCCAUCGCAAAGAGAAUGGGCCAGGCUCUCAAGCUCCCAGGGCAGCGCCUCCCAGAGCAGCACAUAUGAGCCCAGCAUCACAGUGCACUUGUGGCAGAUGGCAGUGCACCGCCAGGAUCCGCUGUCCCCCAGCCAGAUGCCCUUCUCCCGGCUGCCCGCCGUGUGGCAGCUCUACCCCGGGAACAAGUACCGAGCACCAGAUUCCAGUUUCUGGGAAAUAGUGAACCAUGGCCAGAUCGACUCCUUCGAGCAGCUGGUCCUAACAUAUGAGCCGGAGAGGAAUCACUGACCUUAGGAGCGGCUGGCCCUGCUGGCCCUGCCUCCUCUGGCCUGAUCUCCCUGGGCCCUCAGUGAGGAUCUCCAUGUACCUGCUCACCAUUUGCACACCCAGCAUGGCCUCUUUGCAGGCAGGAGGCAGCGGGGUCCUGCACACUCAGCAUCCCUAAUUUUCCUCAGUUGUCAGCCCCACUCUGUCCCACUCCAGUCUGCACUUGGGGCAGCCGGCCUGCGUGGGCUUUACUAGGGGCCCCGUCUGUGUGCUGAGCCCGUUUCCCUUGCUGGCUGCAAGCCGUGGGUUCUCUUUCCCCUCUGCGCCCCUCAUGCUGAUCUAGAAGCCACUCCCCAAUCCCCUCCACUCCACACCCACCGGAUGUGUGCCCAGCCAGGCCUCCGGCACCGCCAUGGCAGCCCACGAUUGGAAACUCACUGUCAGCAGGCAGGGACUUGGUUUAAGAGAUGCCAUGGAGGAAGCCUGGUUUUGAUGUGGACUCGGAUGCCCUGUGGGUAUCAGUCCUGCUGACACUUUGGCCCGAAAUAGAUCCAGUGCUGAGCAAGCAAUGUACGCCGGAGCCUCAGUGAGUCCAUCUGCACAGUGGGGAGCAUGGAGAGAUGGCUUUGGCCUUUACUUCUGCUUGUUCAGUCCUUCAGUUCGCAGAAGGGAUGCUAGUCCAUGAAGGUGAUCUCCCAGAACGGGUUAAUUAAACUUUAUCACUCACUGUC